AUGAGAAGGACGACAGCGGCCCUGUCCCUGCAGGGGCACCGCAGGGGGCUUGGCAGCUGCCGCGCUGGGGGCUUCGUACGGAGGUUGGCCACUUCGCUGAGCCCAAGCAGCGCCUUUUUCACCCCAGAGCAGAAGGCCCAGUUUCAGGACGACGGCUUCCUGGUAGUGGAUAGAUUGAUCGACCCCAGCCUGGCCGAGGCCAUUAAGAACCGCUUCCCCCUUCUCUUCAGGGGUGAGUUCGACACUGGGGUGUACCCUGACGAGUGGCACUGGCGAGAAGGCAUGGGCCGCGAUGACGUCACCCGCGAGAUCGUGAACAGCUGGAAGAGCGACUACACGAUUGCGUCGGCGGUGCUGAGUGAGCGCCUGGGGCGGUUGGCAGCGGAGCUAGCCGGAUGGAUGGGCACCAGGGUGGGCCAAGACGAUAUAUGGUGGAAGCCGCCGGGCACCAAGGCUGUCUCCUUCCACCAGGACGCUCCGUACUUUGACUUCCUCAAUCCUCGCCGAGAGCUGAUCACCUGUUGGAUAGCCUUGGAUGACACCUCGCGCACGGCGGGAACGCUUGAGUACGUGAGAGGUUCGCACAAGUGGCCACAAGAGAGCAAGAUGCUGCAGAACGCAUUCUUCACCGCCCAAGACUAUCGCGCAUCGCUUGACCACACGGCCAAGCAUCUGGGAUUGCCGCGACCUGAAGUGGUGCCCGUCGAGGUCCCGGCUGGCGGCGCGGCCUUCCACAGUGGGCCGACUUGGCACGGCUCGGGUCCCAACACGGACAAGACCAGAGUACGGCGGAGCCUGGCCAUUCACUUCCUCCCCAGCCACGCCACCUUUCAGCCUACCGGCGUUGGGUAUAUCUACGGACGAUACAAGAAAUGGGGCUCGGUGGAGAUGGAGGAGACCUUCUUCCCCAUCACCUACCGCCACGACGGAUACCGCUCGCCUUUCCUCGCCUCCUACUGCUCCACCACGCUCUGA